AGACGUAGUGGGUACGUUGGUUUUUCCGUUCAUCCGUCUCUGUUUUCUCUCUGAAGUCUGUUACCUGCGACAUUUAUCUCUGACCCCUUCAUCUCAUCUUCUCGAGUUACCUAUAAAAAGAAAGACGAGACUCGGAGGUUCAACACAAUUCUGCUCUCUUUCACCUUGUCCGGAAAUCGAAUAACAAAACCUGAUCGUCGUUAUAGUUUUUUAAAAGUGUUCUUAUUACGUUUAAGAUAUGUAAGAAAGCUUCGAUUUGUGCGUAUUUGUUUAAAUUUGUAAUUUGUUCGUCAUGAAUUUGUAUGUUCCUUUAGCAGUUUUGUUCCUAAUACUUACGAAAAGUGUUUCUCCCAGUGCAAUACCCAUGUGGGAAAUGCUGAGUUACGAAGAAAAGAUGGGUCGUCUCAUGUACCAGUUUGUUCACUUGGUAGAACGUUAUUGCAAAACAUCGUCUGCUCCAGAUUGCAGAAAAAUUAUGUCUUUGCAUGGAAUAUCAAACCUUUUGAACUACGACGAAAAUACACUUGAUCUACUCGAUCCCGACCAAAGAGAAGGACAGAAAUUAGUGUGGCAAGCUGCAACGAAGUCAGAAUAUAAAUAUCCAUUUGAAAAGAAUCAAGAUACUAUUAAAGAAUCAUCAGAUCAGGAGCCUAGUUUUUCUGAAACGAAUGAUGAUUAUCCUCAAAGAGUUGUUGUUCCUGCUCCCAAAUAUCUUCUUAGACGCUGGGGAAGAUUUUGAGUUCGCUGAGAACAAGAGAGUGUGCCAAUACAUUUGUAAAUUAUAUCGCUUUCAUCCGUCAUUUCUCAAAUUUAUUUAAUAAACAUUUAUUAUUCUUA